AUGGCAGCACGCAGGCUCCCUCCAAAGACCCGUGAGAUGGAUUUCGGCAAUGUAGGAGUUGCUGGAAGACGGACCGGUGUCACCCUAGAGAAGGGCAAGAUUGACGAACAUGGCAUGGAAGAAAUCGAUGGGAUGUUCUCGUCGCCAGAAAAAUCCCCUGUGGGUGCAAGCGCCAAUGGGUUUGGAAACGACACGACCGUGCAGUCCGAAGACAUGGAGACUGGAGGGAGUAGUAGUAUUCCUGAACCGGCAGACAUGCUUACUGCGCGUCGUAACGCUCGCGACCGCUUUGUUCUUCCUCCCCGUUCACGAUCACCUAUCAAAACUUUCUUAAGCGGCUCCCCUCGCAGAACCCCUGGCAUACGCUCUUCGCCAAUCCCUCAAAGCGAUCAAAUAUCGAGUCCUUCCUCGCGCACUGUCGCCAAGAGGACGCUUAAUUUCUCCAAAACGCAAGAUCAGCAUAGCAAUUCACCCCUGAAACAUAUCCGGUCUACAUCUGCUACUCUACACGUUGGGUCUCCAGAAAGUAGAGAGCACCCUGAAGAAGCGCCUAUCCACCUGGAAGAUCAAACUGCAGAUUUCUCAGACGAUGGAAGCCAUUUAGCUGAGGAAGCUGAGGAAGAACUUUUCGUAGAAGCACAUGGAGAUUAUCACGAAAGUAGCGGUCAAGAUGGGCAUGACCAACAUGCAAAUACUGACACCAAUGAUAGCGAAGAAUCAGAAGACCAGGGUAACAAUUCAGAAGCACAACCGUCGCCGGUGGUUGUUGUAAAAGCGACCGGCAGAGGAAGAAAACGAAAGGAAGCCCGAGUAGAGUCAGAAGAGAUUAUCCCAAAAGAGAACUCCGCUGCCCCUAAAAAAAGAGGCAGAAAACCGAAAGCGACCCGAGAAGAAUUCGACGAUGUUAAGGAACAUGUGGAGCCAUCGAGACCGGCAAAACGAACCAAAACAGAUACGUCUAGAGUAAAUACGGCUGGUCUGCAAAUGUCGGCUGAGCAGGAGAAAGAAUUAAAUCAAGUCAUUAACAAUAUCACAAAGCGAGAUGGACCCUUGCGGCAGCGAAGCCUUCACAUUCUCAAGAAGGAGACUCCGUCAGAUGAUACCGUCCGACAUACCCGAUCCGGCCGGCCGUCGGUUCGGCCACUGGCGUUCUGGCGCAACGAAAAGUGCGUGUAUGGUACAGGAGAUACCGAAGUUGGGCAGAGGUUUCCUUUGUCAACCAUCAAAGAGAUCAUUCGAAUAGAUGACCCUGAGCCUGUUUUCUUGAAGAGUAAGAAAAAGUCAAGUAAAAAGAAGUCUAAGCUGAAAAAGGAACGCACAGAGUCUUCUGAUGAUGAGGCCGAGGACGUCGAGCCCUGGGAAACUGACGUUGGCGUGUUCUAUGGACCGGUACACGUCUGGGAUUCUGAACUACAGGCUGGAACCCAGGAAGAAGAGAUAAUGGAUAUUGCCUAUGCACCCCUAGCUAUCCAGACGCAAGAAGUCAAAGGAUCGAGUUUUCGUUUCGCCAAAAUUCUCAGCACGCCAUUUCUAGGGUCGGGGUUUGUUGAAAUGCCGCCAGGGGCAGUUAAAAAACAGAAGAACUCAAAGCGAAUGCACAUGGUAUUCUUCGUAUACCGUGGCAGGAUACGUGUUAAUGUAUCCGGAUUGGAAUUUAGUGCUGGGAAAGGCUGCGUAUUUCAAGUGCCACGAGGGAAUAAUUACAGCUUUGAAAACGAUUAUGGCACACCAGCCGCGAUCUUCUUCACUCAGGGAUGCAUUCCCCUGGAUGAAGAAGGAAACGUGGAUACCGGCGCCCCCGCCCCGCCUCUACUAGACCCAUCACAACAACCGCCGCAGGAAAACCAAGAACAGCAGGAACAGAACGAACAGCCUGCGGAGAUAGCCCAAGCAAAGGGGAAAAAGGGAUCUGCAAAGCCUGAGAAGAAGAAGAGAGGGAGGGCGAAACGCAAUGCAUAA